AGCCCGCCCGGCGGCCCGCGUAGCCCGCGCAGCCCUCACUCGCCGCCGCGCCUCGGAGUUUGAGCCCCGCGCAGCCGGAGCGCAGGCACGCCCGGGGCGCGGGGUCGGAGCGCGCAGCGCGGCGCCGCCCCCCGGCCCUCGGCCCCCCAGCCCCUGGAGCCCCCGGAGCCGCGCGCCGAGGGAGGAGGGCGGGCGGGCGCGGCGGGCCGGGCCGGCGGGCGGCGGACUAUGAGGCGCCCACCAUGGUGCGAUGCGACCGCGGGCUGCAGAUGCUGCUGACCACGGCCGGAGCCUUCGCCGCCUUCUCGCUCAUGGCCAUCGCCAUCGGCACCGACUACUGGCUGUACUCCAGCGCGCACAUCUGCAACGGCACCAACCUGACCAUGGACGACGGGCCCCCGCCCCGCCGCGCUCGCGGCGACCUCACCCAUUCGGGACUGUGGCGGGUGUGUUGCAUCGAAGGCAUCUAUAGAGGGCACUGCUUCCGGAUCAACCACUUCCCAGAGGACAAUGAUUACGACCACGACAGCUCCGAGUACCUCCUCCGCAUUGUGCGAGCCUCCAGUGUCUUUCCCAUCCUCAGCACCAUUCUGCUCCUGCUCGGAGGGCUCUGCAUCGGCGCUGGGAGGAUCUACAGCCGCAAGAACAAUAUUGUCCUCAGCGCGGGAAUCCUCUUUGUGGCGGCAGGCCUCAGUAAUAUCAUCGGUAUCAUCGUCUACAUUUCCAGCAACACGGGCGACCCCAGUGACAAACGUGACGAAGACAAAAAGAACCAUUACAACUACGGCUGGUCUUUUUACUUUGGAGCCCUGUCGUUUAUUGUGGCGGAGACCGUGGGCGUCCUGGCUGUAAACAUUUACAUUGAGAAAAAUAAAGAGUUGAGGUUUAAGACCAAGCGGGAGUUCCUUAAGGCCUCUUCCUCCUCUCCUUACGCCAGGAUGCCGAGCUACAGGUACCGGCGACGGCGGUCCAGGUCCAGUUCAAGGUCCACGGAGGCCUCACCCUCCAGGGAUGCAUCUCCCGUGGGCCUGAAGAUCACCGGAGCCAUUCCCAUGGGUGAGCUGUCCAUGUACACGCUAUCCAGAGAACCCCUUAAGGUGACCACAGCUGCGAGCUACAGUCCGGACCAGGACGCUGGCUUCCUGCAGAUGCAUGACUUCUUCCAACAGGACCUAAAGGAAGGUUUCCAUGUCAGCAUGCUGAACCGGCGGACGACUCCCGUGUGACCCGCCCACCCCUCUCGGCACAGGCCUCCCCCAAGGUGGCUGUUUGUGUGACACAGAACAGGGUGACCCUUAAGAUUAUAGACAGUGAAGUGGAGCUGAGUGCGAUCCUCCCUGGCCUCCAGAAGACGCCAUGGGCUAGCUCAGAGUGAGGGGAGUCUGGAGAUUGGAAUCAGGGAUAAGGUAGAAACAGAAGGCUGACUUUCUCCCGAGGUAGGCUGUUCUGCUGCCCUCUGGGUUUUUGGAACUUCUCAAGAGGCCCAAGAAUUUUCAAGAAGCUGCAUCAGCCUGCCUCUUGGGAACCAAGAAACCAGUCAUGCCAGAUGUCAAACGCAUCCUCCCUCGCUGGGCACUGGGCCACAGGGAGGCUUCUUCCGGGCACUGGGACCUCUGGCCUCCCAUCGACUGUUUCCUGCCCAGAUGUUCCUGUGUCCUGGAGCCCAACAUGAGCCUAAGCUCAUUCCAUUCCCCUCUGUGUCUCCCUCAGCCUCUGUCUGGCCCCCUGGUGGAGCUGGUGGUUGUAAAUAUCACCCAUUCUGAAGAGAAAGCUCUAUGGCUAACUGGUGCUUCGGCCUCGAGCUGUCCUGGGGCCUGCUGCUCUCCACCUCAGGAGAUCAGGAAACCAGGGCAAAUUCGGAGGCUCUGCUGGCUUUCAUACCUGCUUCUGGAAGUUUCCGCUGAGCUCAGAAUGUACAGGACAUACUGACUAAUCUUGGAGGUCCAGAGGGUUUCACGGAUCUGAGGGAUGGUGGGCAUGUGGCCUUUGACUCUGUCCUUCCACACUGGCCUGAGGAACCACUCUGUCCCCUGAGGGCCCUGCUGGGGCACGGAGCCAUACUCCCACUUCCAACCUGGUGUUCUGACACAGAUGUACAAGCUUAAAGAUUUGAAAGGGAAACCUGAGAGUGAACAGAGGAAAGAAAGAAAGAAGGAAAGAAGGAAAGGAAGAAAGGAAGAAAGGAAGAAAGGAAGAAAGGAAGAAAGAAAGAAAGAAAGAAAGAAAGAAAGAAAGAAAGAAAGAAAGAAAGAAAGAAAGAAAGAAAGAAAGAGCAUCAUUUUCCAAGUGGUUAUGAGGGUGGCAUACUGAAGAACAUCGUCAGAAGACCAAGCUGUACUCACCUCUUUAUCCUGAAAAAGAGCAACACCACCUCCCCUCAACUCCUGCCAUUAUAAUUUAUUCUGCCCACACCAGGACUCGGUGAGCAUUUGACUCAAGGUGCCAUGCUGGGCUUUCUGUCUUUGCCUGAAUCCAAGAAUGUGUUCUGUGUCCUACAGUUUGUCCAACCAAUCCCCCUCUUCCUCAAGGCGGACGAAAAAUAAAUAAAUAACCAGAUGAGUGUGUCCAGGUUCGAAAGAACUCUCCAGAAAGUGAAACUCACCCUCUUUUCUAUAACACGCGUGCUUUCUAAAGAUCAGUCGUUUCUUACUUUUUGAGACUUCUUAAUCCACUUUUGAACAGUAGUCUGCUGUGACCCCGGUAACUGUCUUACUUAGAAGUGACAACACGCCAAUUCUUACCUCAGUCACCUGCUCGUGGAGCCCCCCGACCCCCACCCCCUAGGCUAACUCGGAGUUCAGACGCAGGUCCAUCUGUCCUUUCCUGCCCCCGCCCCACCACCGGAAGAAGACAACCCAUAUCCUAGCUCCAGCCGGUUGCCUAUGAGAUGGUGAGCUGAGACAUGAGCAUGCCAAGGCUCCUUUGCCUGCUCAGAACCAUGCCCUCCUGGCCAGGUUGGCUCCUCAGUAUGUGUCCAAGCAUGUGCCGCAAAUGAGCGCCAAUGUCAAGACAUGUGUGGUCUGUCCCUGCUGCAGGCCCUCUCCCUGCCUACCUCCCCACCCACCCUCCCCUCUCCUCUACCACCAUUAUUACAUCUAACAAGGCUGAAGGAAGCCCCAGCCCCCAGGGAGACCCAGGAGCUGUCCCAUGUCUCUUCUGGCAAUAGAGCAGCAGCCUGUGGUAAACUUCCAUGCAAGCUACCACCAUCCCAACUGUGGUCCCAGAAGUUUCCAUGAUUCCACCUAAAAAAGCUGUGUUCCGAUGACUCCUACCUCUUGUCCGGUUCCAGGCAGAGUGCACAGGCCCACUCCAGGGACCAAGAAGGAGAUAGGAAGAAGAGAGACGGGGGUAGAACCCAGGGAGAAGGCCUCAGUGGCCCCAGCCCUUGCAACCUUCCUCCUGCUGACUGCCGGCCUCACUCUGGAGAACUUGGUCUCCAGCUUUGCUCUCCCUAUGAGACAAAGGGAGUAGAACUGGACCUUCCUGCUGACAGGCUCAGGUCUGAGCCCACCUUCCUACCCUUCUUCUGUCCCAACCCCUCCCCAAUGUGUUUCACCAGUUAAGCCCCUGUGACUCUGUACCCAUCAAUGGUUUGGGAUUGUUAGUUCUGUCUUUUUUUUUAAUGAAAUAAAAACAUUUUUAAAAUGUU